CGUGUAGCCUCGCUAACUUGCACCUCUUUCGUGUUCCCUUCUCUAAACAUAACGAGCUCAUUCAACGCAUUUUCAUCUGUGUCCCGCAGACAUGACUGAAGAUCAUCGUCACCCUGAGAAACACAAUCCUCUCCACUUUCAAAUUAAACAGGAGCCGGAGAUGUUUUACAUCAAGCAGGAAGCAGAGCCAGUCACCCCUUACAUUAAAGAAGAAGAACAGGAAGAUGAAAUCAUUGCAGUGCCCGUCGGUGUGAAGAGCGAAGAUGACGAAGGCCAAAGUGAAGAGCGCGGAGCAGCGACACCUUCGAGCGACAGCUCAUUUCAACACCUAACAACAAAAGAAGAGGGACGAUCGCAACCGGACGGCCUCCUAGCUCCGUUCUCGGACAGCGACGACGUAAUGUCACACUCAUCUGACACUGAUACUAAUGAGGAAGAUGAUGACUUAAACCAAAAUGCUUUGAAAUCCUUAAACAGGUCAUCACUGAAAAUAGACGCAAAAGAAUGUGCGGGUGGAAAGCCAUUUUUCUGCACACUUUGCGACAAAGGAUUUUCUUGGAAGUCUGAUUUAGAAAGGCAUAGACGUACACACACUGGAGAAAAGCCUUUUGCCUGCACAUAUUGUGGUAAAAGAUUCGCCCAGAAGGGAAGUUUAAAGGUGCAUACAAGAAAACACACUGGAGAGAAGAAGCCUUUCACCUGCUCACUUUGUGAUAAAAGAUUUCAUCACAAAAGUGAUUUGGAGACACAUAAGCGUUCACACACAGGAGAAAGGCCUUUUGCCUGCAUUUGUUGUGCUCAGCGAUUCAUGCAGUUAAGAACUCUAAAGAAACACAUGCGCACGCACACUGGAGAGAAGCCUUUCACCUGCUCACUUUGCAAGAAAAGAUUUUCUCAGAAGGUACUGUUAGAAAGCCACACGCGUACACAUACUGGAGAAAAGCCUUUUGUCUGCACACUUUGCGACAAAAGAUUUUCUCAGAAGACUCAUUUGACAACACACAAGCGUACACACACUGGAGAAAAGCCUUUCGCCUGCACACUUUGCGACAAAGGAUUUUCUCAGAAGUCUAAUGUUGUAGCGCAUAUGCGUACACACACUGGGGAAAAGCCUUUUGUUUGCACACUUUGCAACAAAAGAUUUUCUCAGAAGUGUAGUUUAACAAUACAUAAGUGUACACCAGUGGUCUCCAAACUAUUCCACAUAGGGCCGCAGUUGGUGCAGGGUUUUGUUCCACCAAAACAAGACAGCACCUUUGCACCAAUCUUAUGUUUUACAAGUAUAAUCAGUUGAUUGCAGUCAGGUGCUACUUGUUUUAGAAGAAACUUCAUUUGUUAAAUUGUGUGAUUGAUCAGUAUGAACAAAAACCAGGACCCACAGCGGCCCUUGAGAAUUGGUUUGGAGACCCCUAGUGUACACCGACUGGAAAAAGCCUUUUGUCUGCACAUGUUGUGGUGUAUAUCGCUACUUGACGAGUCAAAUCAAAAGAUGUACCGAGGGUGACCCUCUGACGAAGGAGGAAGUGAUCGCAGAAACAUGUCAGGUAAUAAGCCACCUACUAUUGUCUGGGAUAAUAGAAAAUUUUGACUAAGGUCCUGGUCUUUUUCACAACUAUCCAAUUAUCUUUAAUUUUUUUUUUUUGUGAUUGAAGGAAUUGAGUUUAGUUUAGGUGAGGUUACGUCAUAUCAAACUUGAUCUUCUGUUGAUAUUAUGACUUGUCUGCUAUUUUGAUAUACUCACUACUAACUUAAAAAGAUGUGUAAAGUCAAGCCUGGCUGGAACACUUUUGUAGCUGAAUUUUAUGUUGAAGCCUGUGAAGCUACCAAGUCUUGGGCUCUGGCUGGUAGACCCAGACAGGGCCCUAUAUUUAAAUACAAGAAGCUCACAAAUGCAAAAUAUAAGUAUGCAAUUCGGUACGUUAAAAAGAAUGAGCAAAAAUUGAGGGUUGACUCCAUGGCCAAGAAGCUUUUACGUAAAAAUUCUAAAGACUUUUGGAAGGUGAGGCUUGCUAAUAAUUGCAAGCCCUCCUUACCCUGUACGAUAGAAAAGCGAUGGAUGAUACUACACACAGAGCGUAUUAUUAACAAAUGUUAAAGUUGUAUAAUCAUAUAGCGAGAAUAAGGAACGUCACUGACAAGCGCAGGCCCCCGCGAGUGGAUAGUGAGGGGUCUAGGAUAGUGCGCCUACAGCUAACAAGACUCUUAACAUUGCAUACCGCUUCAACAUAUUCAAUAGUAUUUAGUUUUCAUUCAUUUUAAAUUAAUAUUCUGUCCGAACAAGCUUAACAGAGAAUCCACACCGUGCCAUCACACAUCAAGCAGAUGAAUAUGUAACUUUUUCUCCGCAGUGACAAAAACAGCUAACUGUGGCCCCAGUAGUUAGGUAGCCUACCAUAUGUAGCAUAUGGAACAAUGAAAUUAACAGUUCACCUGCUGUGGCUUGAACGUAGUCUCACACUUUCCUCCUGGUGCGCAUGGACUUGAAUUGCGUGCCCGCUUGUGCAGUCCCUGUUUUUUCACCUCUUUUAUCAACACCAUCGUCGUUUUGGGGCUUUUUGAAGAAACUUCGGACACUCAGUUGCCUUGACAUUUUUCAGAGUAAGGCUAACGACGUCAUGCAUCAAGAGAGACAAUAGCUAAUUAAUAAGCUCACUCGCCACCCUGUGGUCUGGGGUGUGACUUGCAACCGGUCAAAAUGACGGAUGGAUUUGUUUUUUCCGUCACCGUUUUAAAAAAUCGGUCAACGACGGAAAAUAUUCGGUUAACGCGACCCCUGAAUGGGAGUAAUUUUAACAACUUUAAUAGUUUAUUCGCAAAAUUAAAUGAAUUGAAUGUAGUUUAAAGCUGCUGAUACAGAAUGGGGACUUGAGUAUUUUAUUUACUGUUUUAAAACGUUAACUUGAUACUGAAAUAGUCGUUUAUUUAAACCUGAGAGGCUUUAUGUACAAUUUUUUUAACUAAUGCACAAAACAUUAAAAGCAUCUAAUAGCUUGGGGGAUUUGUGGGAUUUUCCACUGAGGAUGUUGGUGUGUUUUGCUUUUUUAAGACAGUUUUCAAUAUUAUUUGCACGUUUUGCUGACUGACUAUGCCAUUUCUGUUUGUUAUUUAUAAUGUUUUGUGUUUGUCACUGAAUAAACAGGUCGGUUUCUUGUGACCAACCGUUGUGUGUUAUUCAAACUCACCUAAUUCAGCUGGCUAGUUGUUAUCAAGAGUACUAAAACCUUUUUCAACUUGAGUCUGACAACUAAGUAAGGAGGCUAAAUAACUUUAAACUUUAACACAUGCUCAGAUAGGCCGGUAUCGGCCAGUAUCGAUAUCGGAUCGGAAGUGCAAAACAAUAUUGGUAUCGGAUCGGAAGUGCAAAAACCUGGAUCGGGAAAUCCCUAAUAUUAAUAAGCUCAAUAGAUAAUCAGUUUGGUUUUAAAUCUAAGCAUGGCACAGAUAUGUGUAUUUACGUUCUAAAAGAUUUGGUUAAUACAUGUAUAAGUAAAAACUCCUCUGUGCUAAUGUGUUUCUUAGACGCUUCCUAGGCUUUUGACCGUGUGAACCAUGGGAAGAUGUUUAAUAAAUUAAGCCAAGCGGGUGUGUCUAAUGAUAUUCUAAGAAUUUUGUCAUAUUGGUAAACACACCAAACAAUCCAGGUGAAGUGGGAUGACUGUGUGUCUGCCCCCUUCCACGUUAACAAUGGGGUUAGACAGGGAAGCAUUUGAUCUCCAAUUUUAUUCAAUUUUUAUAUGAAUGAUUUGUCAAAGCAGUUAAGUAGAUGUAAAACUGGCUGCAUGGCUGGUGGGUUGGUGGUGAACCAUCUUAUGUAUGCCGACGACUGUGUGCUUUUUAGUCCAAGUUCAGCUGGUCUCCAGCAGCUGCUCACUAUGUGUGCCAAGUACGGGGAACUAGACGAUAUUAAAUAUAAUGAUGCUAAGAGUGUCGUCAUGAUUGUAAGGUCAGAUGGGGAUAAACGAUUGGUCUUCCCUGACUUUAAGUUGGCUGGUCAAGUGUUAAAAGUCCUGCAGUCAGGUGAAAUCGGCCAUAUGAUCACCGACACGCUGACAGACAAUGAGGACAUAUUUCGCCAAUGCCAUUCUCUAUAUGUCCAAGCUAAUAUCCUCUCCCGUAAAUUUGGUCAGUGCUCUGAUGAGGUCAAGGUGGUCCUUUUUAAGGCCUAUUGUACACUGCGCAUCUGUGGUCUAAUUAUAACAAAGCAAAUUUCCAGAGAUUACAAAUGGCAUAUGACGAUUCCCUGAGAAUUUUGUUGAAAAGGCCCAGAUAGACCAGUGCUUCAGAAAUGUUGGUAGCAGCUCGGGUGGAUACCCUCCAGUCUGUUUUAAGGGUAUACAUGUUUAAGUUUAUCAGUCGUCUGAAUGGUUCAAAAAAUGUGAAUGUGUUGGGCCUGACCAACAUUUUGUACAGCUGUACACGCUACUUGUCACGGUUUUGGAGGCACUGGUAUACGUUCCUUCUGAAUGUGGGUCGCUAGGAGACCCAGUGCUGUGUUUUUGUUGUACUAUUUCUUCAUUCUUAUUUUAUUUUUAUUGUUUUUUUCUUAAUAGAUUACUGUGUUGUGUUG